AUGCGCCCUGCGAGCGUCCGAGCACCCUCGAUACUCCCUUUCCAUCAAGUUCGGACAGCGGUCCAGUCCGCCAAUGCGCAGAAGUAUAAGAGGAAGAAGGAUGUUCCAACAAACAACAAGAAGAAGAAGAGGACUUCGUUCUACGUCCCAGAUAUCAAGCAGGUCGUGCAAUUCUCUCUUGUUGACGCGAUGCGGUAAGACACGGUCCCCUCAUCCCAAUACAUACCCGUGCUUAUCGAGAUUGGCAGAUAUCUCAAAGCAGCUGAAGUAGGACGCGACCCGAAAUCAGCCAAAUAUGAACUCCACGUACGACUACGAACUCCAAAGAAUGGCGCGCCCGUACGAAAUCAGCUCCGACUACCACAUCCAGUACGGAGCGACAUACGGAUAUGUGUUAUUUGUCCGCCAGACUCUGCACAUGCAAAGGCGGCAAAGGAGGCUGGAGCAUACUUGGUAGGUGAGGACGAGGUCUUCGAACAAAUCAAGGCUGGGAAGAUCGACUUCGACCGCUGUAUCUGCCAGACAGAUUCGCUAUCAAAACUCUCGAAAGCCGGAGUCGCCCGCACGUUGGGACCUAGAGGGCUCAUGCCAUCUGCCAAGACAGGCAGUGUAGUCAAGAAUGUUGCAUCAGCCGUGAGAGAUAUGGCCGGAGGCUCAGAGUACAGGGAAAGACUGGGUGUUGUCAGGAUGAGCAUUGGGCAGUUGGCCUUCACACCCGAGCAGAUGCAGACCAACAUUCGCGCGUUCAUCGAGGGUGUUAAUAAGGACAUUGCAGGCCUGUCAGAUCGAAUAAGCAAAGCUAUUCACGAGGUUGUGCUAAGUAGCACGCACGGACCCGGCAUGAGCUUGAAUGGAGAUUUCAGAGGGCCGGACAGCCUGCCGACAAAGGACCUGUCCGUGCAGUCGUGA